UCUCGCGCGCGCACCGUCAUUCCGUCAACGUCACGUCCAAGUGAGCGGUACGCGACGUAUGUACAGGGACGACCUGCAACCUCUCUCUAUCUCACCGGCAUCUCCUAUCCAUCAUUUCAUAUUUAUGUCGACAUCAAUUUCCCUAAUAUCCCAACUUUGAUAUUACAUAUAUACGCGUACAUACGUUAGGUAGUCGCCAUCAUGUCAGGCACAAAGGAAGUAACGGAGCUGCAAGCCUUCAAAACAGUCCUUUAUCACAGUGUGGUGAUACUCGCGCUACCCGUCGUAGCGUUCUUCACCAGCAAAAUUUUCCUCUUCGACGGUAUAUUAGGUCUCAACAAUGUGCCAAGUAACGUGUAUUCGGCUGGCGUUGCGGUAAUAGUGUUACAUGUUGCCUUAGGAGUUUUUAUAUACAGAGCCUACUUUGACGAUCGAUCAAAGACACCAGCGGAGUCGGAUAAGAGAGAUUAGUUCUUUAUUAUUAAGUACACCUUGGUGACCAUACACUUGUGACAUAAUCACAGUCAACACAUUUGUUUCGGAUAAUACCAAGUGUCAUUGUUAAGUAAAACUUUUGAGUGUCGUUACACAACAUUUUAUGUACUUUAAUGUAUUUCUUCUUCAGUUCUGCUUCAAUCGGCAAAGCCAGUAUCAAUCGGUUAGAGGCAAGUUGCAAUUAGUGCCAUCUGCGCUACGUAAUUCACAUGGAAAUGAUUUCUCGACACAAAACCAACUUACAUUCCACAAUUUCUUCAAACAUUACACAUUUGCGUUACACUUUGAGUGUGUUGUUCAAUGUCUAUACAAAUAUUAAAAUAUAUAUUUCCAUGUAUAAUGAAAUCAGACGAUGCAUAAAAUAUUUUUGUGGAUAAAGUA